AUGACAUCGACGGGGAAGGACGGCGGCGGGGCGCAGCACGCGCAGUAUGUGGGGCCCUACCGGCUGGAGAAGACGCUGGGCAAGGGGCAGACAGGCCUCGUGAAGCUGGGGAUUCACUGUGUCACGUGCCAGAAGGUGGCUGUCAAGAUCGUCAACCGCGAGAAGCUCAGCGAGUCUGUACUGAUGAAGGUGGAGCGGGAGAUCGCCAUCCUGAAGCUGAUCGAGCACCCCCACGUCCUCAAGUUGCAUGACGUCUAUGAAAACAAAAAAUAUUUAUACCUGGUGCUAGAACACGUGUCUGGUGGGGAGCUCUUCGACUACCUUGUCAAGAAGGGGAGGCUGACCCCCAAAGAGGCUAGAAAGUUCUUCCGGCAGAUCAUCUCUGCGCUAGACUUCUGCCACAGUCACUCCAUAUGCCACCGGGAUCUGAAACCAGAAAACCUUCUGCUGGACGAGAAGAAUAACAUCAGGGUCGCAGACUUCGGCAUGGCGUCGCUGCAGGUUGGCGACAGCCUGCUGGAGACUAGCUGCGGGUCCCCCCACUAUGCCUGCCCGGAGGUCAUCCGGGGAGAGAAGUACGAUGGCCGCAAGGCAGACGUGUGGAGCUGCGGCGUGAUUCUGUUCGCCCUGCUUGUGGGGGCGCUGCCCUUCGACGACGACAACCUGCGGCAGCUGCUGGAGAAGGUGAAGCGGGGCGUGUUCCACAUGCCGCACUUCAUCCCGCCCGACUGCCAGAGCCUGCUGCGCGGCAUGAUCGAGGUGGACGCCACGCGGCGCCUCACGCUAGAGCACAUUCAGAAACACAUUUGGUAUAUAGGAGGCAAGAACGAGCCCGAGCCGGAGCAGCCCGUCCCCCGCAAGGUGCAGCUCCGCUCGCUGCCCAGCCUGGAGGACAUCGACCCCGACGUGCUGGACAGCAUGCACUCGCUGGGCUGCUUCCGGGACCGCAACAAGCUGCUGCAGGACCUGCUGUCCGAGGAGGAAAACCAGGAGAAGAUGAUUUAUUUCCUCCUCCUGGACCGGAAAGAAAGGUAUCCGAGCCACGAGGACGAGGACCUGCCGCCUAGGAACGAGAUAGACCCUCCCCGGAAGCGCGUGGAUUCCCCAAUGCUGAACCGGCACGGCAAGCGGCGGCCUGAGCGCAAGUCCAUGGAGGUGCUGAGCGUGACGGACGGCGGCUCCCCGGUGCCUGCGCGGCGGGCCAUCGAGAUGGCCCAGCACGGCCAGAGGUCUAGGUCCAUCAGCGGCGCUUCCUCAGGCCUCUCCACCAGCCCACUCAGCAGCCCCCGGGUGACCCCUCACCCCUCUCCGAGGGGCAGUCCCCUCCCUACCCCCAAGGGGACGCCUGUGCACACGCCCAAGGAGAGCCCGGCCGGCACGCCCAACCCCACGCCACCGUCCAGCCCCAGCGUGGGAGGGGUGCCCUGGAGGACACGGCUCAACUCCAUCAAGAACAGCUUCCUGGGGUCACCCCGCUUCCACCGCCGGAAACUGCAAGUUCCGACGCCCGAGGAGAUGUCCAACCUGACCCCGGAGUCGUCCCCAGAGCUCGCCAAAAAGUCCUGGUUUGGGAACUUCAUCAACCUGGAGAAGGAGGAGCAGAUCUUCCUGGUCAUCAAGGACAAGCCGCUGAGCUCCAUCAAAGCCGACAUUGUGCACGCCUUCCUGUCGAUCCCCAGCCUCAGCCACAGCGUCAUCUCCCAGACGAGCUUCCGGGCCGAGUACAAGGCGACGGGGGGCCCGGCCGUGUUCCAGAAGCCGGUCAAGUUCCAGGUGGACAUCACCUACACCGAGGGCGGGGCGGCGCAGAAGGAGAACGGCGUCUACUCCGUCACGUUCACGCUCCUGUCGGGCCCGAGCCGCCGCUUCAAGAGGGUCGUGGAGACCAUUCAGACCCAGCUGCUGAGCACACACGACCAGCCUUCUGCCCAGCACUUGUCAGACACCACUAACUGUAUGGAAAUGAUGACGGGGAGGCUUUCCAAAUGUGGAAUUAUCCCGAAAAGCUAACAUGUCAUCUCCACGAGGCCGUCCUCCGUGCUCUGCACCGGACACCGGCUGACCGAAGGCAGCUGCCGUGGACCUGCCCUCUCUCCUCUCCUGCUGCUGCCGCCCACUGGGCAGUGAGGCCCUGCCCGCCCGCCGCCCGCCCGCCCGGCAGCUCUGCCCAGUUUCAGCUCCGCAUGGCCACGGGGAGGAGGACCCAGCCCCGAGGGGAAGCCGCCUCGGGCCCACCCGACUGGACGCGCGGUGACCAGUGCCCUCGGCGGGUCCGGCCGGCCUCCGGGGCAGGCCCAAGGGGGCGAAGCAGCCGUCUGGCCCGGCCGCCACGGCCUCUCCUCGGCACGUCCCCUCCCUCCUGCUCCCU